CCGCAAUAGCGGAGGAAAAUAAAAGAAUUUAGGUGGCCAACUGGGCGAAUAAGACUCGGAAAUGCAGAUGCAAACGUACAAAUUGGUGGUCGUUGGCGGCGGCGGCGUGGGAAAAUCGGCCAUAACGAUACAGUUCAUCCAGAGCUACUUUGUGACAGAUUACGAUCCCACCAUCGAGGACUCCUACACGAAACAGUGUGUUAUCGACGAUGUGCCAGCCAAACUGGAUAUUUUGGACACUGCUGGUCAGGAGGAGUUCAGUGCCAUGCGGGAGCAGUACAUGCGCUCCGGGGAGGGUUUCCUGCUCGUCUUCUCGCUCAACGACCAUUCCAGCUUUGAUGAGAUACCCAAGUUCCAGCGCCAGAUACUGCGCGUCAAGGAUCGCGACGAGUUCCCCAUGCUGAUGGUGGGCAAUAAGUGUGACUUGGAGCACCAGCGUCAGGUGUCGUUGGAGGAGGCGCAGAACACCAGCCGCAACCUGAUGAUCCCCUACAUCGAGUGCAGUGCCAAGCUGCGGGUGAACGUCGACCAGGCAUUCCACGAACUUGUGCGCAUUGUGCGAAAGUUCCAGAUCGCCGAACGGCCCUACAUCGAACAGGACUACAAGAAGAAGGGCAAGAGGAAGUGCUGUCUGAUGUAAAAUGAAAUUAUCGAACGGAGAAUCUCCUGGAUGCAGCAGAGGCACCCACCACUUAACGAGUAUAACACCAAAUUUCGAAACACGCGACGACUGAGCUUUGAAUUCCGUUGAGAAGACGAUAAACCAAUAACCAGUGAACGUCAGAACCGUAACCAGUAACCGCGUAACCAUGUAUUCGCGUUAACGAGCCCAAACGAAGUGCAUUUCAUACCUGCCCAGGUGCAUGCCAGGCGCAUUCAACGAAAGAAUCGAAUAAGCUUCGCCACGAAUAGCUACGAAGAAUCGAAGAAACUCAAAUCGCAAAACACAGAUACUAUACACACAAACACACACGCAUGCAUAGUUAGAUAAACAUAUAAAACAGAUUUACACGCAAAAAAACACAGAUAACAUAUAUGCAUUCAUAUAUAUAUAUAUAUAUUUCUAAAUAUAUUUUUGUAAUAUUAUUUGUUGGCCAACGACAACAAUUAAGGACGAAUGUUUUCUAUGAUUAUUACCAAUCGUGGCCGGCAAGCCAUUUGUUUUUAUAAUGCAAUAACUCCCCAGAACGUUUGUUUCGAUCAAGCCAAAACGUAAUAAUGUGUUAUUGUAAUUUGUAUUGUUAUUUAAUACUAAUAUAAACGUAUAUAUUAUAUACUGCUUACAAUCCGAUUUUUUUGUAACAAAUUGAGUGCCUCGUUCUCGCGCGUAGAAAGCUAAAAACAAAAAAUCUAUAUGUUCCGAAAUCUAAAAUCGACCUUAAAAACGCACAAUGAAAGAAUGCAUAAAUUUUUGUAUAUUAUAUUGACAACUGCAAAGCGCACAACUCAUUUUUUUUAACCAUAACCGUAAACCGUAACUCGAAACCCGUAAAUGUAACGUAUUUUUGUACAUGUCCCUAGCCAGAUAAUAUGGUUUAUUGUUCGCCAAAUGUAUUGCAACAAUUGCUUCAGCCGCAAUCUCGUUUAACUCUUAUACUGCUUAAUUUAACGAACUUAUUUAAUGGUAUAUAAAUAAAUAUAUUAUUAUAUUUAAUAUAAAACUUAUGCGCAAUUCUAAUAAACAAAUGGAGAAUCACAAACGCUUCCACAUA